AUGGAACGGGAGAGCACGUAUCGAUACCAACCUCUGCCACCGAUUGCAGCAGAGGGUCGCACACCUUCAUUCACCCGACUUCUAUUCUUGUACUCAGGUUCGGGAGAAGACCCCUUUGAAGCGCAUCUAGAAAUCGUCGACAUCGAGAAUGCGCCUCCUUACGAGGCUUUGUCUUACACGUGGGGAAAACCGACAGAACAGCCAAGGGACUACAUCUGGAUGCAAGGCCGUCCCAUGCCCAUGAAGCCAAACCUAGAAGAUGCUCUGCGCUUUCUGCGCUUGCCGAACCAGGUCCGCAGGCUAUGGGUUGAUGCACUCUGUAUUGACCAGUCUGACCUGGACGAGCGUGCUCGGCAGGUGCAGUACAUGAGGCUGGUCUACAAAUACGCUGCCCGCGUCGUCGUAUGGCUCGGUCUCAAGACUUCCGGUACCCAUGAAGCAUUUCAGGCCGCGGAGAGGCUCGCGAGGAUCAGAGAGUUCACUCAUCCGGCGGCUACUGGACCUGACGGCGGGCAUCUCGACCCCGAUACCGUUCAGGGUCUGACGAGCAGCAUGGUUGAAGACCUACCGGAGACGUGCAUGAUCCAUCUGAAUGAGGUCUUUGAGCGUCAGUACUUCAACCGUUGCUGGUGCGUGCAAGAGGUGGUGGCAUCUUCAAGGGCGAUUGCCAAGAUUGAGGACCUGGAAAUGUCCUUUUUUGAUUUGAUCGCCUCGUUGAUUGUGCUCGCGGGUUGGAAGAGCGAAAUCGUCAUUGACCAGCCCUACCAGUUGUGGAAUCUGAUUCUCAUGCGACGGCAGCCCAACAGCUUUCUCGGUCAGCCCGAGGUCGAGGGCUCGAUUGGAUCAUUUCUCUCACUUUUGGAGCUGACGCGGACGUUGCAGGCGACGGAUGAUCGAGACAAGGUGUUUUCCCUCCUCGGUAUUUGCGACGAGGGGCUGAACCCCGUGCUGGCGUUGACGCAGAUCCAGGGCAACAAUGAUAGUUGGCGCAUUCGCUUGAUUCGUCGAGGCUUGACGCGGGUUAACAACUUUGUCAAUGGUCUUGCUCCGGAUCUCAACUUCGGCCGGCCGAGAGCUCUGCGGCCAGACUACAAGAGGGAGACAGUGCUGGUAUACUGCGAUCUGACGAGGUUUCUCCUGCGCAAGCAGCCUCGGAUUCUGGACGUACUCGACCACGUCCAGCAUGAUGAGGACCCUAGCCUUGGAGACUAUCCUUCUUGGGUUCCAAAGUGGUUUGACCCAAGGACAUGUUGCGUCUUCAAGGGGGCCUACCUCGCUGGCUUGUGUGAUGGACAUUUCCGUUACUUUGCUGAGCUUCACGAUAUACCAGUCCGCGACGAUCCCCUGCGGCCAAAAGUUCUGUCAUUGGAUGGAUACCACGUCGAUGUGGUACAGCAAACGAGCGAAUCGGUUGCCUUUGGAUUUGGGUCUCGAGCUACUGCAGAAGCUAUCGUGCAGGCUUGGGAACAGCUUUUCGAUUUACCGAUCGCUCCUAGAUGCGGGAGAAAGUAUCGAGACAACAGCCUCCUGGACGUGGCAUUCUGUAAAGCCAUCCUGGCUGGUGCUCUGGGUUCCAUCAUUGGCUACAGUCACCUCCUCACCAAGAAUCAAGGCGGUUUGAACCCGCUAUUCGACGACCGCACUCACAAAUCUCACGCUGAGCUCGAACGAGAGGCUCAAGACUUGGCGGAGACGUUCACCGCCCAGGUGGCUGAGUUCGGUCUCCCGCCGACGGCGAUGGAGUUUGGGAACCCAGAUCGAGAGGACAAGCUCUAUACCUUUAUAGCAGGGGUGCGCACCUACUUGAAUAACCGAAAGGUGUUUGCGACCCGUGAUGGCCGUGUGGGCAUUGGACCCAAGAUGAUGCAGCCUGGGGACGAGGUCGUGGUUCUUUUCGGGGGGCGGAUGCCGUUCAUCGCACGGCAAAGAGGUGAUCAUCGACUGCUGAUUGGAAGCUGCUACUUGGUCGACGAAGAGCUGAUGUGGGGAAAGGUUACGGAGAAAGUGAGGUUCAAUCGUGGUGGUCCUCCGCGGGUGACUUUUGAGUUCCAUUGA